UUUGAUGUUGUGGUAGCUCUGUAAGCGUCUUUAUCCAACAAAACAAGACCAUAAACACGGCGAAUAUUUAAAUAUUAAACACAUUUAAUUCAGAAUUAAAUUGAUAGUACAUUAGCCGGAAAAUGUAUCGCAGCGAUAAACAGUUCAUGAAAAAUCCCGCUACAGCAUCUUCAAGAAUAUAUAUAGGAAACUUAAUGGAACAGGUCACCACUAUCGACUUGGAAGAGCGAUUUAAAACUUACGGUACGAUAUUGGGUUUAGUUCUGCAGCGCGGUUUCGGCUUCAUCCAGUAUGAAAGUGACAUUCAAGCACAAACCGCCAUAAAAAACGAGCACGGCGCAUUGUUUUUCGGUCGCAAACUGAAUGUCCGGCAAGCAGUUGAUAAGUCACGGCUCAAUCAACCCCACCACAAUAUGACACCGGUGCAUGUCCCACCGCCACCGAAAGUGCAACAGCUACAAAAUCAAAUGAUGGAGUCUCCACCGCCACCUCCCUCAACUCAGCAGGGGCCACCUUCGCAUAAUACACCGAAACCCUUAAUGGACAGCAUGGUGACCGUGCCCAAGCAAGAACCAAUCGAAAAAAUGGAUGUUUCCAAGGAAGAACCGAUUGAUAAAAAGGAGGAACCCACGGGUCAGGGUCGACUUUCUGACGUCGGUUCGGAUAAUUCAGAUAGAAAACGUUCUCUUAGUGGCAAUCGGCAGGAUGGAAACAGGCGAGAGAUCGAUAGGUUCCGUAAUGAGGACUUCCCUACGAGAGAUAUUCCGAUGCGAGACAUUGGACCACCGCGGGACAUUGGGCCGCCACGAGACAUUGGACCGCAGCGAGACAUUGGACCGCAGCGAGACAUUGGACCGCAGCGAGACAUUGGACCGCCACGAGACAUUGGACCUCCACGUGAUUUAAGAGGUAUGCCACCUCGAGAUUUAGUGGUCGUACGUGAUCCGUUUUAUGGUAGAGGGGAGGAUUCCUUUCGUGGCCCGUCCUUUAUACCUCCUCCGCUUAUGGAUAGACCGGAUCGCAAUGACUGUGAAAUAAUUGUGGUUUCACGACUGUUAACGGAAUAUGCGGAGUACAUUGAGAAACGUCUGAAAAGUAUAGGUUUAAUGGUUGACUUACUGUUUCCAAAUGAGGACGUACCUAUUGGUCGGGUACUUGCAAAUAUAUCCAGCAGAGGUUGUCUGUAUGCAAUUUUAGUGAUGCCCCAAAAUGAGGAGUUUCACAGUUUGACCUUAACCAUUUUGCAUGGCAUUCCCCAAGAGCAUCGCAAUAUGCCCAUUGAAGAUGCUAUUACACUAAUCGGUCGAAAUUUUGAAGCGUACAUGCGAGGUGAAAAGCCUGUUUCACUAGGAACUGGAGCUUCGCUUAUGAGUCGACAUCCGGAAAAUAUUCAAAUGAUAUUAAAUCUUCUAGCAGAAAAUCGACAAAUGACGGCAACUCAGUAUGACCGUAUCAUAAAGUAUCUUCAAGAUCGCAGCGAUCUUCAGCGCCAAUUCGAAGCAACAGAAGGUGGCGGUGAUAAUGAUGGCGAACCACAGCCGAAUAGCAAACAGGCCGAACUACAGAGCCGUAUAAUGAACAUUUUGAAUAAGUCGACUGACGAAAUGCCCAAGCCAGUUGAACCGCCACAAACUCCUGCUAACUCUACGCCGUUGUUAAAUGAUCCUACAGUGCAAAGAGCUCUAGAUAGUCUUUUAUCUGGUGAUAUGUUCAAAAGCAUAGCAUCCGGAAUGUAAUUAUUUUUAAUUGUGAAUUUUGGCGUCUUAAUUCGAUAUCAUUAAAUGAGUGUGUUGAGUAUUUAUACAAGAUGUAAUUUUAUUCCUUUUAUUGAAUGAAUGUGUCAAUUUAAUUUUAAUAUCCGUUAACUGAAUAUUAAUAUGCAAAAAUGUGCAGUGUAAAACUUGAAAUAGAAAGUUUUUUUAGUA